AUGGCCAGCUUGACCCAGCAGCCUCUUCCUGCUGAGGGCCACUGGAUGAUGAGGGGGAGAAUGAAAAGACUGGAAGAUAAGAAGGCCGAGUUGCAGAAUGUGUCACAAGCAGAAGACAGAAGGGACUCAGAGUUGAGAGAGCUGGCCCUGGAGACCUUCGUGGAGCUCAUCCAGCAACCAUCAUGCAAGGUGGUGCUGGGGACGGCCCUCUUACUUGGAGGGGGAGGCCUCUUGCUGUGGCUUCAGAGGAAGAGAAGGAAGACCGCUUCCGAGUCGCCACAAGAUGAGCACGAGCCACAAAGCACACAAUGCCUCAAAGCCCAGAAUGAGAGCUGGAUCAAAUCUCACUUUAGCCGCCUUUCUGAAGAGAAGCUGGCCACCUGCAGCAGCACUGCCACUCCCCAGCCUGAGGGUGGCAACAGAAGGGCCGGCGCUGUGAAGCGCAUGGAGUCCUCCACCUGGAGGCAAAAGGAAGCAGGCGCUGCCCACGACCAGGGGCCCUUCCCCAGCAAGCAGAAGAUAUCUGGGUCCUCCGUGGUCAAAGAGACCCAUAAGGAGUCCUCACCCACAGAUGAGGCUACGUGGGCCGCCGUGACUACCAGUACUAAAGAGAUCGAUGCCAAGGGACGGCAGCUGGCUAACUCCAUGUUGCAGCGUGCCAUGGUUUACCAGAAUUCGGGCCACAUGGAGUCCAAGGACAUCAACCAAGAGGAGCUGAAAGCCCUUGAGGAGGUAGAGAUAAAGCUGAAAAGCAAUUUCCUCACCCAGCGGGAAACCACCGUAGCUGGUAUGAACCACACACAUGCCUUCCAUGGCCAUAGUCACCAUGGCCACCAGGAUCAUCCAAGCCACCCAAACCACCAGAGCCACAGCCUGCCCAGCCGCAGCCAUCAGGCCUAUCACCUCUUCGAAACCACCUAA